GCUGACUCAAUUAUCAUCCUUAUCUCUUUAAUAAAUCCCAAGAAAUGUCUUCAAGUUCAGAGAAAGAGAAAUCAACGACGCCAGAAACGGACUCUAGAGUACGGCAAUUCCACACUCGCAGUCGAACAGGCUGUUCCAAUUGCCGGACCCGCCGGAAACGAUGUGACGAGCAGCGACCGCAAUGUUACAAUUGUGUCAGGGGUCAAAGGACCUGUGUUUAUGCGCCCCCAAAGAUUCCGCUUAGGGAGCGAAGGGCGCAGCAGAAGGAGGCUCGUCCGUGGGAUCAAAUGCCUUGGGAGCUCGAGCAGACUCCAAAGGAGAUAGCUUGCUUGAAGAAGACGAAUAUUCCUCCUCGAUUAAGUUGUCUGAAUCAUGAUACAGGGUUUAAUAAGUUGGCUGUUGCCAUGCCGCUCAAAUCUCAUGAGUUGUUUCAAUACUUGUUUGAAUCGAGCCGGACACUAAAGACGACACCAAAAACACCUGGUACAGAAUAUCUCGCGCGUAUGAUAGAUAACCCAUGCGCACUCCGAAGUGCCAUCCUCAUGGCCGGAAUGCAUUUCUCCUUCCAAUUCGGCGACCUCGCUACAUUCGAGUCCACCUUCUUAUAUCAUAAAAUUGAGGUCAUGCGUGUCAUCAAUCGUUGGAUCGCAUCUGGAGACUAUAAACUUGAAGCUGCCAUUAUUAGAGAAAUGGCCACCUUGGCUUUCACAGAGGCAUGUCAUGGAGAGCUCGUUGCUGCCGAGACUCACAUCAGUGGCAUUCUGGCGCUGAUUGAAACUGCCCGACCUGAUAAAGGUGAUCCGACACGUUCUGAUUGCUGUUCCACCGACCGAGAACUAGCUAACCGUUAUUUCGUCAUGUCGUAUGUCUACAUUACGGGCCUCAAGAGUUUACUCAGCGGCAUUUGUCGAACUGGCGGCCACGGAAGCAGUCUAUAUGCUGUACCGGGUCGAAAUCUUCUCAAGCUAUCACAUACAUGGCACAUGAGCGAAGCCAUGGAGAACCUCGGUCUCAAACUCCAAGCCAUUCGUCUAUUCCCAUUCUUCUUCAGCCCACUGCCGCAGGGAGCACGGCUCAAUAACGCAGACGGACAAGUUAUCAUCAACUCUAUACGGGAUUUUACGGCUGCGCAGGAUCAUAUGUUCAGAGAAACAGGUAUAGAAACAGCAGACGGAAAGUUUGAAGGUUUCUGGCGCAGAGGUCCCGCAUCAAGGGUACUGGGAGAAUAUGUCACAGCACAUAUCGAAUCUAUUUCCGUACCUGGAAAGAAAGAGGAGAAUCCUGAUAUGACUCCAUCAUCAUUCGUCGGGCCAUGGUGCGGAUUGACUAUCGCCUCUGUCUUCUACAUGCAAGAUGUUCUCGGGGCGCUGGAGUACGUCGACAAACGCAUUCACAAAUACGCCGUUACAUUACUGGAACACGAUGUCGCCAAGGUCCUUACCUCGAAGGACACACCAAAGAACGAGGCGUUUAUGCUGUGGCAGGCAUUGGUCGGGCUUAUAGCCUCCUUGCGCGCCCUCAAAGACAAUGAGCAAGACAGAGGAUUGUUAUCAGCCAGACAGUUCUUUGAGAAGGCUUUGAAGCAGCAAUCAACAACUUUGGGUAUCGUGACUUGGUCACAAGCAAAGGGGACGCUACGGAGAGUAGCAUGGCCAAUGGGGACUGCUAGUAGGGAAUUCAUAGAGGAGCUAUGGGAAAAGACUAUUAUUGGGUUACCUAGAGUUUAAUAAGAAAGGGAUCAAUAUAUAUAAAUUAAAUAUAAAAUUAUAAAGAA